AUGGCGUCCAGCGCCGCCCGCGGGCCGCGCUGCCGGGAGCGGAGCCGCCGGGGCCGUUCGGGACGGGGAUCGGUACCCGCCGGGCGCAGCCGGAGCCGCAGCCGGGCGCGGGCGGGCGAGCCCCGAGCGCUCCGAGAACUGUCACCGCUUGGAGAUCUGGAUGGUUUGGGCCACUCUGAGGAGGGAGUAGAAGCUGCCAAGUCCCAGAAAAAAACUAUCCGAAACCAAAAACCAAAAAGUAGUCCCAGUGACCCCAAUGGCCCAGCCCCUGCGGAGACCGAGGGGCACGGAGAGCCCUCGAGGACCUCAGAGAACGGGUCCCUGCCACCCCCGAAGGCACCCGGGAAGCGUGGGCGGAAGUCCAAGACAGAGAUGCUGCUGCUGAAACUGUCUCAGGACCUGGAGUGCCCGACCCCGGAGCCCAUCUGUGUGCAGAAGAUGCUGGGGAGCAGCCAGGCGGCGGAAGGCCUGGAGACCCCCCCCGGCGGGCGCCCCAAGAGGCGGGCAGCCAAAGUGGCUUUGCUGUACCUGCAGGAGCUGGCAGAGGAGCUGACAUCUGUGUACCAGCCUCCAGCUCCCACCGAGGGUGCCCAGGAGCCGGAGCCAGAGCUUGAGCGUAUCCAGAAGAAGCGUCGGAGCCGGAGGAGGAAGGAGGAGGAAACAGACAGUGAUGAUCCUGCGCGAGACGCUGACUUUGUGCCCUCAAAGGAGGUGUUGCUGCAGGCGGAGGAGGAGGAGGGGAGCGAUGCACCGCUCAGUGAGGUGUCAGAGCCAGAGCUGGAGGCACUGCGAGGACACGGUGGGAAGACGUCGUCUGCAGGGAGGUCCAAGCCCCAGUGCCGAGGCCUCGCUCCCAACGGCUUCCACAACUCCAUCAUGGCCCCAGUGGAGAAGUGCUCCAGCCUCACCUGCAGCCUGCGGGAUCAGAAGUACUCGCAGUGGGAGUUUCCCGACUGGAUCCCUUUGGCGCACAAGUGGACGUGUCUCUCUGAAAGCGAAGCUGCCCCGUACCUGCCAGCAGAGGAGAAGUCUCCCCUCUUCUCCAUCCAGCGGGAGGGCAUCGAAGACGACGGUGUCUUGUACAGGGUAAACAGGUUCAACUCCCUGCAGCCGCACGAGGAGCGCCUGGAUGUGUCCUUCUUCGUGGGCGGCCCUGUGUGGGCCAUGGAGUGGUGCCCGUCCCCGGAGGGCUCGGCAGCCUCUCAGUACGUGGCCGUCUACUGCCACGGGAGCAUGGAGGAGACGCACAGCGUGGCUGGGCUCCAUGGGGGCCCCGCGCUCCUGCAGCUCUGGGGCCUGGGCACGCUGCAGCAGGAGCAGGGCUCUGCCGACAAAGCCGGGCUGGCCUAUGCCGUUGCUGAUGGGAGGAAGUAA